CUCCGUUUCCACGGUUAUCCAAUUCCUUUUGUUCCCGCACUAACACUCUCUCCGUUGCAGCUUAACUUUCAAAAGAGUAGGUUAAAGAGACGGCACCGAUUUGCUGUCCGCCUUGACUGAGCCACUGCUUCGUCUUGGCCCUUGAUUUUGUUCUGUCAAUUUCUCUUACCCUAAUCCAUACAUCUUCAAUGGCGGUGAAACCUACAAAGGCUGAGAAGAAGAUCGCUUACGAUUCGAAGUUAUGCCAGCUUCUGGAUAUGUAUUCACAGAUCCUGGUCGUGAACGCCGACAACGUCGGAUCCAACCAGCUCCAGAGCAUUCGACAUGGAUUACGUGGCGACUCUGUUGUUCUCAUGGGUAAAAACACGAUGAUGAAGCGCUCUGUUCGGAUUCACUCUGAAAAAACAGGAAACAACGCAUUCCUCAACCUGAUUCCCCUUCUUGUCGGCAACGUGGGAUUGAUUUUCACAAAAGGUGACCUGAAGGAGGUUAGCGAAGAGGUUGCCAAGUACAAGGUGGGAGCUCCUGCCCGUGUUGGUCUGGUUGCUCCAAUUGAUGUUGUUGUUCCUCCUGGCAACACAGGGCUUGAUCCCUCGCAGACCUCUUUCUUCCAGGUGCUCAAUAUUCCAACAAAGAUUAACAAGGGUACUGUCGAAAUCAUUACCCCUGUUGAACUGAUUAAGAAAGGAGACAAGGUCGGCUCUUCUGAAGCUGCAUUGCUUGCCAAACUCGGCAUCAGGCCUUUCUCAUAUGGGCUUGUUGUACUAUCCGUGUAUGAUAAUGGUUCAGUCUUUAGCCCUGAGGUCCUCGACCUUACUGAGGAUGACCUCACGGAGAAGUUUGCUAUUGGUGUCUCAAUGGUUACAUCUUUGUCAUUGGCCGUUGGAUACCCAACUCUUGCAGCUGCACCACACAUGUUUGUGAAUGCCUACAAGAACGUUCUUGCUGUUGCAGUUGCGACAGAAUAUUCUUUCCCCCAGGCAGACGAGGUUAAGGAGUUCUUAAAGGACCCAAGUAAAUUUGCUGUAGCUGCUGUUGCAGCACCUGCUGCAGCUUCUGGUGGUGCCCCAGCUGCUGCUGCUGCUGCCAAGGAAGAGGAAAAGAAUGACGAGCCAGCUGAAGAAUCUGAUGAUGACAUGGGUUUUGGCUUGUUUGACUAGUUUAUGUCUGGUUUUGUUGGAGUUUGGUGCUAGUAUAUUUCAUUUUAGUCUUGUUAGCGCUUUCUCAUUCUAAGUGUUAUUGUAGUUUGCUGUUUUUCCUUUCCAUAUUGUGACUCGUUUUAUAAUUUUUUAAUUUCCUAGUUAUAAUUAAUUCUGGCUUAACUUUGUUC